AUGUCCUUCUUUCAACCCGCCAAGACACCUAAGCGGAGACGCAGGCCUGGGGCCUACACCACGCAGACCCCUACGGAUCUGGAGACUUUCCUCGGAAGUGCAUUUGCGGCCACAGAGAACAAUUCACUUGACCAAACAAACCCAGAGCCCUCUGUACACAUGCCUGCCAUGGGACGUCACUUCCAAAAGACAAGCACUCCGGCCGAACACCAACACAUCGGAGCACUGCUCCAAAGACAGGUACGGUCCAAGAUGGCACCAGCAGAAAAUCUCCACACUGUGGCCUCUGACACAUCCUCAGAGUGCCAACAACAGCGCAAGCAGUCCAGUACACUACCAGAUCCCACAGACGGAAGAUGA